UAAACAAAACAUUAGUACUGCUAGUAAGGAGUGUUACAGUUACGAGUUUGCUUUACAGCCAGCCAUAAACAAUGAGUUAACCUUAAUUCACAAGAUAAAAAUAGAUUGAAAAAGAAUUUUAAAAAGAAUUUUAGAUAUUGAAAAAUGGCAGCAUUUCUUAAAAAUCUGGCAACUGGAUUUAAUGAUAUAGUUACUGUUGCUCAAGCUAAAAUUAGUCCAUUCACUGUACAAGCUACAACUGCUGAGAAGUUAAGCCAGAAUGGUUGCAAGCAAGUGAAGCAAGAUGGUUGCCUUGCCUUGUAUCGUAGAGCUGGGGCUAUUUCAACAUUAGAGUGUACAGUCUGUAAGCAUGAUAUGCCAUCCAAAAUGUUGAGCGUAUUCCGUCACACAGUUGAAACAGAAGCUGAGGUACUCUACAAAUCUCUGAUUCUAAUGAUGGGCCCUAUAGCCAGCAGUGGUGCUGUGCCCUUUCAAGAAGACCAGUACCAGAAACUUCUAGACUGCAUCAAAGAGCAUCCAUCUUGGACUAGUGCUCAUGUGGCUGCUUACUUGGGACACCACACAUGCUUGAAAUGCCCUGGCGUGUUUGAAUGCAUUGACCAUCAGUGUGCCACCCACAUGAUGACACCACUAAUGGCAGCACUUGUGGGCAAACAAGCCUUGUGUGUGGAGGAGCUGUUGAGGCUUGGAGCCAAGAUAGAAAAGCAGGACAAAAAUGGAGACACACCUUAUCACUACGCUGUUUUAAACUGCCCACCUGUGGUUUCUCUGUUGAUUGACUUUGACAAAAGUGGUGUCAUCAACUGGUUGAAUGGCAAGGGGGAAUCAGCCCUGUUGCUGGCCUGUAUUCGCAAGCUUUCAGACGCCACUGAGAUUCUCAUUGGCUCCGGCGCUGAUCCCAGAAUAUCAUCAGCUGAUUGUCUGCCCAUACAUGCAGCUGUUCGCUCAUGUGACAUCAAGUCAAUGGAAGCCAUUAUUCAGGCUUACCCUGACCAAGCCAAUGCCACAGAUUUUAAAUAUGGAGGAACACCCAUGCAUUGGGCAGAGAAUGUUGAGUGCAUUCAGAAACUUGCAUUGCUGGGAUGCAACCUUGACAUUCUAAACAAAGAGGGUAAUGCGCCCCUGCAUGUUGUCAUGGUGACCAAAAAGAAGCCAGAGUGUCUGCUAGCCCUGCUGUGUCAUGGGGCCAGCUGCAACAUUCUGGAUGCUCAAGGGGAGGCUGUGCUCCACAAGGCUAUCAAGAAUGAUGAUCUGGAACUAGUCCGUCAGUUUGUCGUGUUUGGGGCAGACGUCAACCUGAGGACGAGCAGUGGACAAAGUCCAAGACAUCUGGCCUCAGUAUGUAAAGGAAAAAAUAAGGAGACAAUUCUUUACUUGCUCCAUGUGUCAGGGGCCAACAGGUGUGAUACCUCGUGCAAGGGCUGUUUUGCUGGGUGUGUCGCUGAGGGCAACUACAAUGGUCAGCCUGACCAGACUAUGUCAGCCUUGAUGAAACUGGACAAUGUAGCGCUGUUUGAUGAGCAGUUGAUGGCCACAGUUGUCCACAGCAGCAGGUCACCCCAGCAGCAGGGGGCAGUGCUGGACAUGGUGGACUCCCUGGUGUCUGUUGGGGAUAGGGUCCUGUGUCUAGAUGGGGGAGGUAUCCGUGGCCUGGUGCUGAUCCAGAUACUCAUGGAGAUUGAAGCUGUUGUUGGCAAACCAAUCAAAGACUGUUUUGAUUGGAUUGGUGGGACAAGUACAGGUGGCAUCUUGGCGCUGGGAAUAGCUAGAGGUUUUUCUCUCCAGUACAUGAAAGGCUUGUACGUGAGGUUAAAGGAUGAGGUGUUCAAGGGCAGCCGACCGUACGACGCUGCACCCUUUGAGGAGAUGCUGAAGCGAGAGUUUGGUGAGGAAGCUGUCAUGGCCGACAUCAAACACCCAAAACUCCUGGUGUCUGCAGUACUAGCAGACAGACACCCAGCAGAAUUGUUUUUCUUCCGAAACUUUGAGAAGACACUAGAUCAUCCCAAGUCGUCACCACCAAAGAUAGCAGAUGAGGAGAAGAAGCCUUCAGAACAAAAGAUUUGGGAAGCAGCCAGAUGCAGUGGUGCAGCUCCCACCUACUUCAGGGGUUACGGCCCUUUCCUGGAUGGGGGUUUGAUAUCCAACAACCCAACCUUGGAUGUGCUCACAGAAAUUCACGAGUACAACAUGGGUCUCCGGAUGUUGAACCGUGGCAGUGAAACGCGUCCCAUUGGCUGUGUGAUCUCUGUUGGCUGUGGGAGAAUACCCUGCGUGGACGUACAGAACACAGACGUGUUCAGACCUUACGGGCCACUCGAAGCGUACAAGGCCGUGAUGGGAGCGACCUCUCUAGGGAGGCUCGUUGUAGACCAGGCCACGGUCUCAGAAGGGAGAGUAGUGGACCGUGCAAGGGCCUGGUGCAGCAUGAUUAAUGUCCCCUACUACAGGUUCUCUCCCCUGCUGUCUGAAGACAUCAGCCUGGACUGCCAUGAGACCAAAGCUCUGAUCAACAUGAUGUGGGAAACCCACUGCUACAUGGUGGCCAACCGGCACCGCCUUGGGGAACUCAGCUCUUUACUCAGGGGUGGCAUGACCACAUCCUUUAUUAAUUAGUCUCUUCAUUAUGGGUGCUAAUGGAGCUUUGUCACUUGAUAAACUAAUUAUGCAUUUCUUAAACGUAACACCUUUAUAAGCCUCAGAUAAUAUAAAUUAUUAAAACAUUACAAUAUUUUCUCAACAUCAUUCUGUAAUAUUUUAUAACAGCUAACGUUGAUGAAUAACUUUGAAAGAUAGAUCUUGAAACUGUUUAUUUUAUGGUUUUUAAGAUUGUUUCAGUGAUGUAAAUAUUUAUUUUAUAUCAUUCCAUUAGUAACAUACACACACUAUUUUUUUCUUAUCCUGGACAUUGUUAUUUUUCACCAACUUUUCACAUUCAAAAUGUUUCCAAGGGAAGUUAUCUAUGAUCUCAGGUUACAUAACUCUGUUACAUAUUCCAAACUAGAAAUCUUUUGGUCCACAGUAUGUGUUUAAAAUUGACAAUUUAUCUGGUUCUAAUUGCAAUCCAAGGUCAGUCUAUCCAGUGAUUGAAGCAAAAUAUUUCAUUUACAAUAACUUGCAACACAUUUUUUUUUUUUAAUUUGUAUUUUACUGUUUAAUGUAUGUUGUACAUUUCCAAGUAAUUUUAUACAACUUUGUGUACCAUUAAUAAUUGGAAAAUACCAAGUGCAAUACUGUCUUUUGUUAAUGUAUAGGCAACUUGAGAAGAACAACUGUUUAAUGCUUUUUUGUGAUUGAUAGGCUGCUUUAUGCUUCAUAUCUCUUUUUAACAAUUUACAAAAAAACUACAUUUUGAAGUAUUUUAUAUCUACCAAAAAAUGUAUACUUUCCAAAUUAGGAUAAACUUACAUACAAAUAAUUUCCUGAAUUAUUUUGUACAUUAAAUAAUGGGUAAAAAGCUUUAACACUGAGUUUUCUAUUUUGAUUUUUGUGUUUUUUUUUAAGGAUGUCAUUAUUGAAAUAUUUUUUCUUUUGGCAGAGUUUGCAAUUCAACAAUGAUUUUCUUUUAUCAGCGAAUAAAUUUUCUUAUGCACUUUAUUCAGCCACAUAAAAAUAUUGAGUUUAUUCUAAUAACUUUAGGCUAAACAAUUAAUGUUUAAUCAGUAAUUAUUUAUAUUUUUUUGUUAAUGAAACAUCAAGGCAAAUAUUUAUGAAUGCCUUUAUUUUAUGGAUUUUUACAACAUUGAUGUUUAAAAUUUUCCCUUAGGGUAAUAAUUUUCACAAUUGUGUACAUGAUAAUAAGCAACUAUAAUUUUUUUUAAACUUUAUGAUUAUUUAGCUAUAAUUCCAGAGACUUAAAUUCAGCAUAAAAUUAUUGUAUUAAUUAUAUUUAAUAUUUUUUUAAAUGGAGGUUUAAAUAAGAAAACUGUUGGAAUUUCUUCAUCUAUUUUUUUCAUACAUUGGCAGCCAAUUUUGUUUAAAAAACUGAUAUUAGAUGUAGUCAGGUUUUGAUCACCUUGAUACAACAAAUCUUUUGUCUGUGUCAAAACCCACUAUGUUGCAAUUCCUCGGCUUAUGUUAGAUUACCACACCUUCCAUCUCAAGAUGUCAUUUAUGGAAAUAUUUACAAUUCAUUUUAUUAGUGAAAUUGAAAUAUAUGAUGUCCAUAUUCCAUACAUUUGACAUUACAGUACAACUGUUAUUUUACAGUAAGCUUUCAAAUUGAUUUAUUAAGACGUUUUUCUUCUUAUUUAAUCGUUCUAAUUCACUUUCAGAUUGUACAAGCUUUUAGCUGUGUGCACAUGAAAGAUAUAAGAGUGUCACAGUAUUGUAUUUCCAUUGGUUUAAUUUUGAUAUUUGAUUAUAAUGCCAUAUUGUGUAUAACAAACAUGUGCAUCUUUUUUACAAUGAAACCUUGUGAUAAAACCAGUGACAUAUUUUCAGAUCAUUUUUCAGCCAGUAUAAAGCAUUGAAAGUUUUAUUUGCUGAUUUUUGCUGGUUUGAUUUGUGUAGGUGGAUGGGACAGAUUCGCCAUGUUGACAUUUUUCUAGUUGUUAUUCUUCCAUGAGAUUUGAUAAGUGUUCUGACACAGACUGGAAUUACAGGUCCAACAAUUUUUUAAACAGAUCUACUUUUGAUAUUUUAGUGGGUAGUAAAACUGUUGUACGCCAGCAGGCAAGUCUUAGUGAUUGAGGUACUUUGUGUAUCAGGUGUGUGAUCUCAAGAACCAGACUCAAAUUUUUUCAUUUUCUCCUCCCUCCAGGAAGAAUUUCAAUUGAAUUCUCAUACCAGUUUUGUAUUAUAUAACUUAAGACUCAAUGUAUUUUUUUUUAAAUCUGUAAUUUAAAAAAAAAAAACUUGGAAUUUUAAAAUGUGUUGCUGUAAGAAUUGAUGUAUUUUAGAAUACCUGUAGUGUUUUGAAAUUUUGUAUUUCGGGAACAAGUAGUACUAUUUUAACAUUAGCAUGGGAAAUAACUGUAGAGCUUUGUCUAGGUUAUAGAACUUUAAAACUGUGAAUUAAAAUGUUUUCUUAUAAUUGA